AUGAAAAUUGCAAUCGUUACUGGGACAGCGAGAGGCAUCGGCCGGGGAAUAGUUAUUGGACUGGCAGAACAGGGAACCAAGGUUGUCUUCAAUUACACCUCUCCAUCCUCUGCGGCAGCAGCCGAAGAUCUAUGCCACGAAGUCAGUAAGAUUGGCAGUCGAGCCUUGUCAAUAAAAGGCGACAUCACGGAUCAGCAGACGCAUCGAGCUUUGGUGAAGAUAGCCCUGCAGAUCUUCGAUGUCCAAGGCCUCGAUAUCUUGGUGAACAAUGCGGGAGCCGGAGACAACAAGCUACUGGAGGAUGUAACCAUUGCACAUCACCACCAUCUAAUGGACGCCUUCUUGCCGUUCGUCAACCCAGGAGGUCGCAUAAUCAACGUCUCCUCAAUUUCGGCCAGAGGAGGCUAUGCCACACAGAGUGUGUAUGCUGCAUCCAAGGCUGCAGUGGAGGGUUUGACCAAGGUUUGGGCCACUGAGCUUGGCCCCAAGUACAACAUUACAGUCAAUUGCAUGAAUCCGGGAGCUGUGGAUACCGAUAUGUACCGUGCAGCGGGUGAGGUACAUCUGGCCAGGAUGGAGGCAGAGAACCGGAAGACUCCGGCGCGCUGGGUUACGGGCGAUACUGUGUGUGCCAACGGUGGUAUGCUUUUCCUGUAA